AUGAGGCUUUUAUCCAAGAAACUUACCGUUAAGAAAUGUCUCCCAAUCACCAACCACAAAGCUGGGGAUUUGGUGCCAACUUUGCCUUCCAGAACACAGAGACUACUCCCCUAAUUACCCCCAAGUGACAAAGCAGAAAGUCCUAUGCUGCCUGGAUUAAUGGGGCCAGAACCCUAUCCUGAAGUCACCAAGAGAAAUGCAGCCAAGCAAGCAGCCUCAGAGUCCUAGGAGAACCCGGUAGACCACUUGUUCAUGCAAGAAGAUCUAGACCCAGACAGUCUCAGUGAUGGAAGCCAAUCAAAUGAUGGUCUUGGGCCUGAGGAGAGAAAGAGUAAUAGUGCCCAGAGGCUAGAGUGGCCCAGGGGCCAGCAGCAUUCACCAGUGGCAGAGCUUCAACAUUCCAAACCCAAGACAGCAGGGGAGCCAGCCCCCAUGUCCUUCUACAUUGGAGAUGAGAACAAGGAGCCCAGCUUCCCCUCCAAACUCUGCCCAAGUCCUCCACCAUCCCGAACCAACAAGGAACCUGUGGAUCAGGAGUCGUCCCCCUUGUGGCCAAUCAGAAGUUCCCCUUCCCUGAGGUCCAGAGCCAAGGAGGAGAAUGGUACAUAUAUCAGCAUGACAGGGAAGAUGACUAUUUACCUACAGACCAAUCAGUCACCAGAACAAGAUAGUUCAGCAGUGGUGGCAAAGGAGGCCCUAUCCUUUGUCCGUCAAGAGAGCUUUACCAAAGAGUGGGCAAGCAGCGGCAUUGCCCCCAACAGGCUCCCCCACAUAUCUAGCCAUGCCCUCCUGAAGGACUUGGAGGCUGCCUGGAUGGACUACCAUACUCAGGAUACACACUUAAUCCUGAAGGAGACUGAGACGGAGACGGCUCUUGCAGCUUUGGAAGCGAAGAUCCUUGCCAAGUCCCCCGGGGAGGAUGCCAGGAACACUCCCACACAGGCAGAGGAUUCCUUAUCAGGUGACUCUGAUGUGGACACAUCUAGCACUGUUAGCCUUCUCAGUGGGAAGAAUGGGUCCAGCCAGAACCAGAAGGGCAAGGUGGCUGUGGGCAAUGGCUCACAGAAAGAACGGCCAUCAUCUACACCUUCAGUCCAGGAUUCUAGCAAUGGUGGUCUUGUGCCCAGCGCCCGAGAGCGGCUCUCAGAGAAGCAGCGUCGCCCAGGGCCAGCCCCAGAAGGAACGCGUCGCUUCCAGGUUAAACGUAACAAUGGAACUCGUGGAUCUGUGGACUUUACAGAUGAGGAGCGGGGCUCAGGUCACACCCACACAUCUGGUCCAGAUACUGUCACUUCAGAACCUGAACAUCAGCCGGCAGCAACACUCAGACCCACACCCAGGACGAAGCCCUCAGCCCCAUCUCCUUCUCCUUCAGCCACUAAGGAAGAACAUGGCCGGGCAUCUGCCAACAUGCAGAAGGUGCAACAGAUUCUCACAAGGUCUAAUAGCCUGUCAACCCCACGGCCCACUCGGGCCUCGAAGCUUAGGCUGGCUAGGCUUGGGGAUACCUCAGACAAUGAGGGAGCUGAGAAUGAAAGGGCCACCGCAUCCAACCCUGAGGCCACCACCAAGCAGGCCACAGAGGGCAAGAAGCUGUCCCGCCUGGACAUUCUUGCCAUGCCCCGGAAAAGGGCUGGCUCAUUUACAGUGCCCAGCGAUCUGGAGUCAGGCCCAGCCCGGACAGGCUUCUCUGGAAGGAGUGUUGAGUCCUACUACUCAAGCCGGAAGCCAACCAUGUCAGAAGCUCGAGCAGCAGCCAGGAAAACAGCAGCAGCUGUGGCUGCCGCAAAACAGCCUUUCAACAGGGCUCACUCAGGCAGCGCCCGAUACUCAUCCUCUUCUAACUCGCGGAGGAGGCAGCAGGGUUCAGAUUGCACAUCCACCUCGGAGGAGGAAUACGGCUCCACCCACAGUUCUCCCAAACACAAAAGCUCCCAUGCCUCAACAGCCACUCAAACUCCGAGGGCCACUGGCCAGGGCCGGCCUAGACCCUAUAAUGGGCGGGACACGGAUGCGGAUGAUGAGGAAGACGAGCCUGAGCACUACAACUUCAUUGUACAGACGGCAGAGAUCGCUGAGAUUGCCAGGUUAAGCCAGACUCUGAUGAAAGAUGUUGCCAUCCUCGCGAGAGAGAUCCAGGAUGUGACUGGGGAUGGAGACUCCCAGAGCUCCUCAGGAACUGGCCGUGGCACCUCACUCAGCUCUGUCCCCAGCACCCCAGCCUCCACUAUCUCUGCCAGAGAGGAGCUGGUACAGCACAUCCCAGAGGCCAGCCUCAAUUUCCAAAACGUGCCACCUGGUGCCAUGGGUUUGAAGGACUUCGACGAGAAAAUGAAUGACAAUCGGGAUGACAAUUAUGCUUGGAGGACACGGCCCAGAAACCGAGAAGAGGUGAUCUUUGAUAACCUGAUGCUGAAUCCUGUUUCCCAGUUAUCGCACAAAAUCCGGGAGACCACGGAAAAUCUUGCAGAGAAAAUGAAGAUUCUCUUCCAGAACACAGAGAGGACCUGGGAAGACAUGGAAGCCAAGAUCAACUCGGAGAAUGAAGUGCCCAUCCUGAAGACAUCUAACAAGGAGAUCAGCUCCAUUCUGAAGGAACUAAGGAGAGUCCAGAAACAGCUAGAAGUUAUCAAUGCAAUCAUUGACCCUACUGGGAACUUGGAUAUCAUGACUGGCAACAGGCUAUUAUUGGGGUCAACGCUAAGGCCAGCCAAUAAGGUCAGGACUGCAAUUAGCCCAGCCCCUCCUCCUGAGGAAGUGGGGGGCUCCCUGACACCAUCCAUGAAAAACCACACCCAGAACUCCACUUGCAGCUCAACCCGACUCCAGGAUGCCGCCUUCCUUUCCGAGGCAGAGAAGUUUGUCAUAUGA